AUGGCUGGCCCUCGACGACCCAAGCGACUGCAGUCUUGCAGUAAACCUGACCAAGACAAAGUCCCCAAGAUCGCAAGAGCGUCAAAAGAUCAAGGAACCACGGACGAAGUGGUUCAAGGGGAGAACAAAAAGAUUGGAGAGAGCGCCAUGGAAGGACCUUUAGACCCAGGGGUCGGCAGACCAUCGCCAGAAGAUGCAUCGUCAAAAGAUGCAUUCCCGAACCGUGCAUCAGAAGGAGCCCCAAAGUUCCCUCUUCAGGGCAGAGAAUUGUUAAAAGACAUGGAGCAAAGGGACGCACACGCCCAAGCUGAACGGAAUAAAUACAGGACCGAGGGUCUUGGCCGCUUCCAACGGGCUCUUCAAUGGGACGUUGGUUUGGGUUACAGACAAGGCUACCUUUUCGAACUGUGGAACUACUUUGGUGGUCAUAUUAGAGGGUUCACAAAGCUGGGUGGUUUUCUGGAUCUUCCCUGGGAUAGACUUGACGAGGCCGUUCAGCAAAGGUUCAUUGGAUAUUCACCCUGUGCCCGAGAGCUCUUUGAGGUACGUCUUGUACGCCAGUUUAUGUUCGAACGGUGGAUCUGGGAGAUCAUUGAUGAGAACUUUUUCACUGCAAAGAGUCAGGACAUCGAGUGGACGUCGCCAUAUUGGGAAGCUCAAGCUACAAUGGAACGCUUCUUACGGGAGAAAAACUUCCAACACGACGAGGAAUUCCUGCGGUACCAGUAUCCCAACUGGCGGUUCACCACAAUCAGUUUCUAUUACACCCUUAAGGAACGAUCCAAUCGGAAAGCACAAUAUUUCAGAGAAGCAAGGAUUGAGCCGAGAUGCGUGGUCAAGAUCUUGAAGAAAGCUCUUGGCCAAUACUUCCCUGAGAAUCCAGGCCUCUUUGAAGAGGAGAUCUCAAUCAUCGCAAACGUGGUUGCCGAGUUCGAGUUACUCUUCGACUGCGGUCGCCAGACUCUUCGACUUAUGUUUCAUGACCCCAAUACCAAGGAGGCAUGUGGAUUUCCAUUUUCAGCCAAAGCCGAGGGAUUCGACACUCAAGUCGUGAUGAGAUCAGUUGGCCCCGAGGGCGAAGCCGACCUCAAUGGUCUGCCUGUCCAACUGGUUGUGUCGCCUAUGCUGGUGUUUUAUGGGAAUAAAGAUGGAUGGGAUUACCACGUUCCGGCUGUCGCAGUUCCUAUGCGAGUGUGUGUUGGGUACCUUGGCGGCUGUGAGCAGGACGAGGUGGUUGAGACGGAUGAGGAUGGAGAGGGGGACGGAGAAGAGGUGGCGAAGAUCAUCAAGGAUAAAGAGGGCGUCACAAAGGAUGAGGAUGGGAAGAACAUCGAGGACGAGGACGAGGAGUAA